AAAAUUUGUCUUGUGUUUUAGCCGCCGGCGGCUCAAUUCCAGAAGAAGCUUCCUCCGAUUUCGUUCCACACUGUGGUCUUUUGUUUGUUUGUGUGUUACGUUCUUCUUCUUGGCGCAUUUCACUCGUCUUCUUAGAUUUAAAAAAAAAAAAAAAAGAUAUAUCUGUUUUUGUGAGUUUUAGUAACUGUUUAGGCUUGAAAACUUUGUAAUUCUCCGAAACAUUUCUCCUUGUUGAUUUGAUGAAUCUCUAUUUUCGCCAUUAUUUUUUUUCUCACUUCGAACCCAGUUUUUUAGGGUUUUCUUUUUCUUUUUCUUCUAUUGGUGUGAUUUUGCUGAUAAGGUACGGGUUUAUUCGCAAUUCGCAGUCAUGAUUCAGUUCUUCAAACAUAGCUAGCUAUAUAAAGAUCAAAGCAUAAAUUGAUCUGUUUCCUUUUCUCUUAUUAGUUUGGUGUUCUUCUGCUUUGAUGUCAUUGUGUUGUGUUGACCAUACUGUUUUUAGGAGAUAUAUGUUUCAUCUUUACUUUACGCAAGAAGGGAAAGGAUGGGAUGGGGUCUUGGAACACUGCACGACUUGCCAAAAGGAACCUUUGUCUAUAAAUACAUUGGUGAAAUAUUGACCAACACGGAGUUAUACGAGCGGAAUGCAACUCUGGAUGCAGAUUGGGGUUCUGAGAAGGAACUAAAAGAUGAAGAAGCUCUCUGCCUGGAUGCCACAAUCUGUGGAAAUGUCGCAAGAUUCGAGGAUGCAAACAUGAUUGAUAUUCCGGUAGAAAUAGAGACUCCUGACAGGCAUUAUUAUCAUAUUGCCUUUUUUACCCUACGAGACGUGAAAGCCAUGGAUGAGCUGACAUGGGAUUACAUGAUAAGACUUCAAUGAUAAAAGUCAUCCGGUAAAGGCAUUUCGAUGUUGUUGCGGAAGCGAAUCAUGCAGAGACAAAAAAACAAAAGGGUCUCAAAGCAAGUUAGAAAGAAGAAAGAUUGUUCCUGCUAAAAAGCAAUCCUGAUUACGAGUGUUUGAGAGCUGAGCUCAGAAGGAUGGCUCCUCCUAGUGGCCGUGCUGUUUUGCUUUUCCGAUCUAGAUGUGGCUGCCCUGUUGCUAAGCUUGAAGGUUGGGGACCUAAGCGAGGUCGGCUUCAUAAAAGUUGUCAUACCCUUUCCUUCUCAAUUUGCCAAUUUCGAUUUCCAUUUUCAUUCACACUGUUAUACUGAAUGUUGAGAUAUUGUUUAAGUUUGGGAUUUUGCUGUCGACUAAAGACAGAACUGAGAGUGCUUCCAUGUUAGCCAGUGUUAUGUUUCCAGUAAAAGUGUGAUUUGUACU